GGCUUCUUCCAAGGUUAUUAAAUAUCAUGGGGCAGAAGUUAAUAGCUGUUGUUCUUUCAUGCAUGCUUAUGGUUUGGUGUUGGAACAGAAGGAUCAAGAGCUACGGAGGUCAUACUCCGACAUGGUGGCGGAGAGCGAGAAGAAGCUGAUGAUGGAUGCGGAGACGAGGAGCAAUGAAGUGGAGAGCGUAAAGUGCGAGUGCUGCGGGAUGUCACAGGACUGCACCCGCAUCUACAUCGAGCGAAUCAAGGCGUUCUUCUGCGGCCACUGGGUGUGCGGCCUUUGCUCCGAGGCGGUGAAGGAGGAGAUGCGCCUGCGUCCUGCUGUGGCAAUGGAAGAAGCUAUGCGGGCUCACAUGGCCCUCUGCAAGGGAUUCAACCGCAGCAGGCUCAACCCGCAGCUGUCGUUGGCCAGUGCGAUGCGGGACAUCGCGAGGAAGAGCCUGCAGCACCGGACCUCCGAUGAGUUCUUUGCGUCGGAGGCGAGGAGAACCACGAGCUGCAAAUUCCGGCGGGCCUCCUUUCAGUGAGAUCUGCUGCUGCUACUGCUGCUGCUUCAGGUCGUCUUGUGUUUGAUCUAAUGACCUUGGCAACUCAUGGAAGUGCAAGUCUUUAGAUCAGCGUCUCGGGGGGUAUAUGUGGUAGUAGUUAGUAGUAGCAGUAGUAGACGACAUCCUUGACAGUUCGCAUCAGCCAUCAUGAAUCAGAAGAAUCUAUCCUCAGCAGGUCUUUAAACACUGGAAUUUGGAUGACUUGAAUUCCACUAUGUAAUGAGUCAAUGCUCGAGUCAAACUAAA